AUGGCCACUGAAAUGAUCGGAGGGCAGAGUGACGACGUCCACCAGACCCCGGCGAACGUCACUCCCGCUGCAAUGGAUGACUACACCUUCCCGGAGUUGCGCCUCAAGCGCACGAUGAACGACCCCGAAAAGACCCCUCUCCUGCUGGUCGCCUGUGGUUCUUUCUCCCCAAUCACCUAUUUACAUCUGCGCAUGUUCGAAAUGGCCGCCGAUCACGUCAGAUUCAGCACCGACUACGAACUCAUCGGCGGAUAUCUGUCGCCUGUGUCGGACGCCUAUCGCAAGGCCGGUCUGGCCAGUGCCGAGCAUCGCGUCGCGAUGUGCCAACUGGCCGUUGACCAAACUUCUGAUUGGUUGAUGGUGGACACUUGGGAGCCUACACAAAAGGCCUACCAGCCGACAGCGGUGGUGUUGGAUCAUUUUGACCACGAGAUCAAUGUCGUUCGCCAGGGCGUGGAGGCCGGAAACGGCACCCGGAAGCCAGUGCGCAUUGCCUUGUUGGCUGGUGCGGAUCUGAUUCACACUAUGUCCACUCCGGGCGUGUGGAGCGAGAAGGAUUUGGAUCACAUUCUAGGCAAAUACGGGUCCUUCAUUGUCGAGCGCAGUGGUACCGAUAUCGAUGAGGCUCUGGCUAGCUUGCAGCCCUGGAAAGACAAUAUCCAUGUCAUCCAGCAGCUCAUCCAAAACGAUGUCAGCAGCACCAAGAUUCGGCUAUUCUUGCGUCGUGAGAUGAGUGUUCGCUACCUCAUCCCCGUGCCGGUCAUCCAUUACAUCGAGCAGCACCAUCUGUACGAGGAUGAUGGCACGGCAGAAAAGGGCAAGGAGCGGGGGUGA